AUGUAAGUCUAUCCUUUACGCAUAAAGGAAGAACAGUUCCAGUAACAAAAUUGGAGCAGUCAAAGAUAAUUAACUGACAUGGGAUCUCAGAUCGGCAUAUUACAAUCAAAUAGUGUUUUAUUAAAACAAAUCGAACCCUCUAAAAGAAUAAUUAGAGCUAAAACUGUAAAAAAUUUGUAAGAUAAAUCUGUGACAUUUAGUAUUUAAAUGACAAGCUUAACCAUGUCUCAACUUCAAGAAUCGAGAGUGACCAAAAACCAAGAAUUAAGAAAGAUAAUUAAAAAGGUUGGGAUGGCUCAAAAAUUUAUAAAUUAACUUCGAAAUUAUGCAUAUCAAUUAAAGAAUUAAAGAUCUAAAUAUUAAUAUCGCAAGAGAGGUUUCCUUCCAUUUUUCCCUGAUGAUAUCGUAUAUUUAGUUUGGGGAUUGGGAAUCAAUUUAUGUACUGAUGUAGCUGCCAUUCUAUAUCCAAUACAAGUCGCCUUUGAAUAUGAAGGAUUUGGCCAUCAAUUGACAUUCAUCUUACAGAUGAUCUUUUGGGUUGAUUUAUUGAUGAAUUUUAUUAUUUGCCACAUUAACAAGCAAUUAGAUUUAUUGCAUAAUCUGAAGGAUAUAGCUAAUUAUUACAUCACCACUUGGUUCGUCAUUGAUCUACUAUCGAUAUUGCCUGAUUUAGAUUUAGACAGUUUGAAACCUAUAAAAUUAUUACGGUUAUUAAGGUUUUUUUUCUAUGAAAGGAGAGUUGAAUACAACCAAUCAAUAGAGUUGCUUAAAAAGUAACAGUCUCUAAGAGAUGAGUUAAUAGUAAGAGAUGAGUACAAUUUGGAUUUAAGAAUAAAGAAGUUAAUGAAAAUAUUUUUGGAGAUGAUCAUUUUGAAUCACUUAUUCGCCUGUCUUUGGAUAUGGAUAUGCAAAUUUAAUGUUAAUUAAAAUUGGAUGGAACGAUAAGAUAUUAAAAAUGCUAACGAUUACACUAAAUUGAUAGAUGCAUUCUUUUGGGCCUAUUAAACAAUUACAGUUAUUGGAUAUGGUGAUCUUGAGGCUCAUAAUUUUGAUGAAUAUCUACUUAGUGUAAUUUGGAUGUUAAUUGGUGUUGGUUAUUAUUCCUUCACUAUUGGUAACAUUACUUUUAUAUUGAUCUAAUCAAAUCCCAAUCAGGAGUUUGAUGAUUAAUUGUUGAAUUUGGAAGACAUUACUAUAAAUAUGUCUGAAAGAAUUUAGAAUGAUUGGAUCAGAUUUACGAAGUUUAACAUCUAAAGAAAUCCCUUCUGGGCAGAGGAAUCUAAAAGAAUCAUUUCAGAACUUCCUCAUCAAUUAGCAUUAUAUACUGUUGCUGCAGUCCAUAAGGAUAUUUUGAGAACUAUUCCCUUCAUGUCGAAUGAUAUCAAUUUCUCAGGGUCCAUUCUGCCUUUUAGCACUUUGGUCUGCUAUUAAAAAUAUGAAACUGUCUAUCACAUUGGUCAAAGUGCAAAUGAUUUCUUCUUUCUUAUUAAAGGAGACAUUAGAUUGUGUGACAAUAAUGGGGAAACCUUAGUUAGAGUUAUGGAAGGUACUUGCUUUGGAGAAAUCGAAUGCAUUGAAAGCAGUUUAAGACGUUGGAGUGCUCAUGCUAUACAAGAAAGUGUUGUUUUAAUGUGUUCAUCUGAUAACUUUUCUUAAUUCCUUGAAAAAGAGUCGCCUUAGUUUUUUGAGUUGCAAUAGAUGUAUAAAAGAAGGAAGAUACUUAUUAUUGAAUAAGCAAGAAUUAAAAGAUAAAAACAAUAAAAAUUGAAGAGAGGAUCUGCUAUUAAUGAUGGUCAUCAAUCUAAUAUGAAAAGAGAAUCUACUUAGCAUCUCGAGGAACUACGAUUUAAAAUUGAUUUACGAGAGUAUCCAAGUGUCUAAUAAGAUUUAAUGCUCUAAAUUGUAGGAUAAAAAUAAGCUAGAAAUAAAAUUAUUAGAGAGAAGCUUAUCAAUGCCAUAAAUAAAAUAAGAUAUUAUGUUUAAAGAUCAUCAAAAAUUAGGAGAAUUUCCUUACAUGAUCCAGAUUAUAAGAUAAUUCGUAAUUUGAUAAAUAAUAGGAUCAAAGAUUGUACUUGGGAGAAAGUAAUUUAGAAAAAAGUGGGAUAAAAAUUAUUGAAAAACUUUGAAAAGGUUCGAGAGGAUGAAAACUUAAUCAAGGCUUUUCUGUUAAAGAGUAAACAAGAAUCAACUGAAAGACUCUCAAGAAAAAAAUUAAUUCAUAUUAUUAGAAAUAUUUUAAAAUUUCAAAAGAAGGAAUUUAAGAAUAAUAAGAUUGAUAUAUUUUACAACAAAUUUCAUUAAAUAAUCUAUGAAAAUGCUAAGAAUGAAAAGUAAGAAGAGAGAAGGAAACAAAAACAGAAACUUGAAAGCAUUAAAAAAUGUGGAGCUAUGGGAGAUUAAAUACAAAAUUUAAGUUAAUAAUUAAAAAAAUUAGUUAAUCUAUAAACGUCUUUAUCGAUGGCUAAAUUUGAAAUCAAUUAAUAAGAAUAUGAGAUUGAUUGUCUGAUUGCAGACAUUAAAAAUGAGCUAUUGUAGGUUAAAAUAGGGGAUUGA